CGCGGCCGAAAUAGCUGUGGAUUUUGACAGAAUGCAGAGGCUAACCUCACUAUUAUGGAUAAUCGUCCUAUUAUGUCAUUACCACCUGGUGUGGAGCUCUGGCAUAGAAGACAAACUUAGCUACUAUGAAAUGAUAAAAACUUCUGAUAUCAGGCUACGUGUUCGACGCAGCGCUGACAAAAACCCAGGAUUUGAUAUGAAAGAAAUCUGGUUCAACACAAUGGGCAGAGAUUUCCAUCUAGCAUUACACCAGUCUCCAGUCUUGAGUUCAAAUUUCAAAGCAACUGCAAUUAAUGGGGACAAAAAGGAAAUAUUUGCCGUUGAUAGGAGCAAAUUUCUCUCUGGGAAACUUUACGAUGACCCGGACUCCUCUGUACAUGUUCACUGGGACGGUGAGAUCAUGACAGCCAGUAUAGCAACCAAGGAUGAGGUCUAUUUUGUGGAGCCAUCUUGGAGACAUUUCCCUCCCUCUGUCAAUCAGUCAAUGGUGUCCUACAAAAAAUCAGAUGUCAAGGUUGACCCUGAUGCAAUGAUUGGAGGAGUGAUGGGAGAAUUUGAUAAAGCUGAUGACUUUGUUGGAAUGGAACUAAAUGAUGGCAUCAGGCUGUUUCCUCGGGAACCAGAACCAGACGAGAAGAGCACAGGGCCCCAGAGACAGAAACGCCAGGUGGCAUCCCCUAUCCUUGGGCCUCGGACUGUGUGCAAAUUGGCUUUAGUGGCUGACUUCUACUUUUUCUCCAAUAUUGGCCGAGGUGAUCGCUUCCAGACAAGUGAAUUUAUGAUCAGUUUGAUAGACAGGGUUAAUGGAAUCUACAAAAGCACGGUUUGGACCGACAAUAAGGUGAAGAUAGUUAAUGCAGGAUUCGAAAUUGCUGAGAUAAUAGUCCAUGAAUCAUACACAGACAGCGGAGAAAACAACCACUACAACAUGGCUAACCGUGUCAACGAUAUGUCUAAUGUUCUAGAUUGGUUUGGUGAAUCACACGUCAAAGAUUUCAAGAAUAUGUGUCUAGGCCAUUUGUUUACUUACCAAGCAUUCCGAGGAAAGCUGGGUCUGGCAUACAUAGCCUCUCCGUUCAAGUAUAACCUUGGUGGAAUUUGCUCGAGAGCUGCUUAUGUGAAUGGGAAGCAGCAAGCCGUCAACACAGGUGUGAGCUCAUUCCAGACACCAGGGGGCAGCACUGCCAUGAGUUUGCCGUCGACGCUCACAGUGACGCACGAGUUAGGCCACAACUGGGGAUGUGAACAUGACCCAGAUACAUCAAGCUGUUCUCCGAAAUCUUCUACUGGUGGCAAGUACAUCAUGUAUCCCAGCUCAACGACUGGCUACCAGGCAAACAAUCAGUUUUUCUCGUCCUGUAGUCGACAGUAUGUGUACAAAGUGCUGGACGGUAAAGGCUUUGACUGUUUCUCUGAAAAUUCAGAGGCCACUGGUGGAAUUGGUCUUUGUGGGAACGGGAGGAUAGAUAAGGAUGAGGAGUGUGAUGCUGGCCAAAAGGGCGACUUGUGUUGUGACAAAGAUUGCAAGCUGAUUGGUCAGGCUACUUGUAGCUACAUGAAUUUCCCAUGCUGUGACAGAAUGUCCUGCCAGGUGGCUUCAGGAUUCAAGAGGUGUAGAUCUGAGUCUGGGUGUAAGAAAGCUUCAAACUGCAAUGGGAUUGACUUUACCUGUCCUGUGGCCGCAAAUGCUGAUGAGAAAAAGCCCUGUAGUGACAACGGAGUUUGUAGGGGUGGUAAAUGUCUUGACCAUUGUCAGCAAGUCGGCAAAAUCCCCUGUAUCUGUGAAGAUGAGGAGAACCUGUGUCAGCGUUGCUGUCAGAGUGGCAACAGAACAGGGCCUUGUACACCAUUACCAUUGCCAAGUCAUCUAAGUCAGCUUCAAGAUGGUAGUCCUUGUAGUUAUGGCUUCUGUGAGCAGGGUACAUGUGCUAGAACUGGCACCAUUGUGAAGAGGUUGUAUCGAGUCCUCCGUUACUUCAGCAUCAACCGAAUAGAGGUUGUACUGAAGGACAAUGUUGUGUGGGUGAUUCUACUCCUGUCAUCUUUGCUGUGGUUGGUAUUCAUCGUCAUAUUUGAAUGUGUGGAUGCAAGAAAUGAGAAGAAAGAAAGUUUAUCAAGGGAAAAUAUGACUAGGAGGAAUAAGGAAACUAUCUUACCAAAUAUGAGUACUGGCAUAUCUGAAAAGAUUCAUUUCCCAAUAAUAAGGAGAGAGUUUUAAUAAGAAGAAUGAAAACAUGGCAUCAGCGAGGUUGGAAGCACCUAAAUUUCCUGAUUGAGGCAGACGAUUAUGUAAAAUUUAUUAAUGAAAGUGUAGAAGUGAGGAAAUGGUGUUUCAGUUGGUGCUUCUGAAUGGACUGUUGGGAACCAUAUCAUUCUGGUGAGAAUAUGGUAAUUUUCAGGACUAUUGUGAAUAUGGUAAUAUUAUUAUGAGGAGUGCCAUAACCUCAUGCUUUAUUGAACCGAUAAAGUUCAACAAUUAUGUAUGAGGUCGAGAAGUUCUAGAAAACUGCCAGUUGUUGGUCUUCAUUUAAGUGCUCAGAUAUAUGUUUUACAUGUUAAGGAUACAUAUUUUUCUUUUAAGUUAUUGCUCAACAAUUGUUCAGUUACAAAAGUAUAUCUAUUUUUUGAAUUUCCAUUAGAUAUCAUGCAAGUUAGUUGCAGAAAACCAAGUGACCUGUCCUUUUCCUAGACUAGGUAAAACAGGUACAUUACAUAAAGACAAACUAGGUUUGUUACACUUGAGACUGUUAUGUGAUAAAAAUUGUUUGGUACAUAUGUACUGCCAUGUACGUGACACCCCCCUAAAAUACCAGGUCAGUUGGAAUUCCUUACAUUCUUCCCUUACAUGUAUUGUGAAUCAGACAGAUCCUAGCUAAGGACUUUGGGUGGUCAUACAACUUCUUACAUUUCCUAGUGAUUGACAACCUUUUUAAUUGUGUGGUCAAUUGAAUAUAACUUAAGUCAGUGCAAUGAUUUUAGUAGAGGCAGCAGAGUGAUCGUAGUGUGUUUUAUAUGGAACUCCUUCCGAAUGCGUUCACACUUGUAACAAACCUUUCAGUUUAUGUUCCAUGAACAUUUAUUUGGAUUGAUACUUUUGGAAAUGAACUUGCCAUGAUUUUUAUGGUGAUCAAGGAUUUUAAGGUCACUGAGUCAAAUUUCAAGAUCAAAUUUUGUAUCUUUUCAUUGAAGAACAUUUUGUUAAGACAUUAUGAAGCAAAGUUGGUCAACAUUAGAAAAAGAGUCAACUGACUAAAGGUCAGGAUUACUGGAUCAAAAGUCAAGGUCAAACUUUAUAUCAUUUCACUGAUGAACAUUUUGUUAUAACAUUAUUGUUAGUCAAAUUCAUACAAUGAGUCAACUUACCAAAGGUCAAGGUCACUGGGUAUAUAGUCACAUCCAUUUGGGUCCAAUGGUUAAGGACAGAAAUUAGAAUGGAUAUCUGACAGUGGGCCUGGUGGUUAUUGGGUGAGGUAUUAGUGGGCCUGGUGGUUAUUGGGUGAGGUAUUGAACAUUGAUAAAACAAAUCAAAGCCUGCAAAUGAGUAUUGUACCAUACAUGUCAGCCUCUGAAACCUCCAAUGAGGGAGAUCUCCCUCAUUCCACAUCCAAAAUGAGGGAGAAAGUGUGUGAAAAAAAAUCGCGACAAUUUGUACUGGUGUUUGGAAAUGAAAGGAAAGGAGUUAUAUCAUAGUACAUAAAUUAUAUUGCAAUUGUUUUUGAAUUACCUGUUACAAAUGUCAAAUAUCAACCACAACAAUGUAAAUGUAUUGAUGAUUAUGGGUGAUAUAUAUCCACACCAUGUGACAUUUUCUGGCCUAUCAUUGUUCCAGUAUGAAGAAUUUAACAAAACAUUUAUCACAAUCCAACUUAUUUAUGUCAGAUAUAGAGGUUACACAACGAGUGGUUGCUGGAUAUAGAAUUUAUUUCACACUCGUAAGUUAUUUUUUAAAAGUUGCAAAAGACACUCACUUUUAUCCAAAAACCAUGAGUCAUGUGCUAAGUAUAAUUUCGGGUAUGCAAAUAAGGUGUACCGGUGAUGUCUGCGACCCGGUGAUGUGACGUCAUUAGAUUAUUGAUGCCGUCAAUAACAAUUGCAGCUUGGGUCAAAGUUCGAAUUCUUGACCAAUCAACAGACAGGAAGGUCAUAUUCCACUAGUGGUAUAUAACAGAUAUUUAUCCAACAGUCAGCACAUUUAUACAAUGGCUUGAGAGUGGAAUAACACAGCGUAUUGUGGUAGAAACAGUAAUCUGCCCGGUAAGUUACUGUUCAAUAACAUUAAUGUCAUAAAUGGAUGAUCAUACCACUCUAUGGUAUAAGUACAGACUGUGGUGUUAUCCAUCUUCCAAGAGAUAUAUUUUUAAUCAGCAUAAAAUUUAUGUGCUAUUGAGUGAACAUAUUCAGUGUGAAUAAGUUUAUAAGAAUACAGUCCAUAAAAAAAAAUUUGCAGGCAAUUUGUUCAGCGCAGAAAAUUGUUUACCAAUUUUCUUGAAUAAUUCGUUAAAACUUCUGUGUGGUAUGAGGCCUUUGAAAUGUGAUAUACUACUUAAGACUUUUUUUGUUUGUAAAAUAUUGAUAAUCUGUAUAAUGAAUUUUUGUUUGUUUGUAAAAUAUUGAUAAUCUGUAUAAAGUUAAGAUUUUAUUACAGAGAUAGACAGUGAGCACUGGAAUUGAUAUGUUUCAGCUAUUGAUUGCUUGAAGCAGGCUGCCUGUUUGUCGUCUUUAGAAUUAACAUAGAUUGCUUUGUUCUGUCCAGUAUAUAACUGUACACUAGGGAGUAAAUGUGUGGUAGGCUGUGUUCUUUCAGGGAACUCGCAUGAUUAGUUAAUUUUCUGGGGGUUUCAGGAAAUAUUUAUCUUUGUACUCUGUAGUUCAGACCUUAUCCUCAGGUCAAUAAAAUAAUAAGGGUUUUAUUAUUUGUUACUGUUUGUAAAAAUAUGUGUUAAAAGUUCAAGUUAUUCAACAAUAAGGGUGGGUUUAUGUCUUUCUAAUUUUAGAACAAAAGGAGAAAAGAACUUAAAAAUUGUGUGUAUGUGUGGAUGUGUAGGUGUGGAUGUGUGCAUGUAGAACAUAAAGAUUGUUUGGAGGUGUGGAUGUGUUGGUGAGGGUGUUUGAGUGGGUAUAUGAAAGAAUGAGAAUACAAGCUUUUUAGGUCACCUGAGACAACCUAUUGCGAUCGCCUUUUGUCCGGCAUCAUCUGUCGUGCGUCAUCCGUCUAAACAAUUUACAUCUGCAACUUCUUCUAAAUAACCAACAGGCCCAGAGACCUAAUAUUGGGUGUGUAGCAUGCUGGGAUAAAGGGCUACCAAGUUUGUUCAAGUGGAUGACCUUGACCUU